AUGUCUGCCCACCCCGCGGUUCCUGACGCGGAAAAGGCCGCUGAUCCAGUCGUCGAGCAGAGCACAGACCGGUCUGCUGCCGAUCUGGUCAAGAACAUCAAGUCGCCGGGCGUCUCCCGUAUCGAGGCCAUCUCGGGCGCCAUCACCACGCUUGAUCGCUACUUCAUCUUCUUCAGCGUCUUCCUCGUCGCCUACUGCUACGGCCUCGACGGCACGCUGAGAUACACCUACCAGCCCUAUGCCACCGGCUCCUUCGACAGCCACUCCCAGCUCUCGACCGUCAAUGUCCUCCGCGCCGUCAUUGCAGCGGCGGCCCAGCCCACGGCGGCCAAGAUUGCCGAUGUCUUUGGCCGUGUCGAGCUGAUUUGCGUGUCCGUCUUCUUCUAUGUCAUUGGAACAGUCAUCGAGGCCUCGGCUACCAACAUGGCGACCUAUGCCGGCGGCAACGUCAUCUACCAGGUAGGCUACACCAUGAUCAUGCUGCUGGUCGAGGUCAUCAUCGCCGACAUCACGUCCACGCGCGCGCGUCUCUUCUUCAGCUACAUCCCCGCGCUGCCCUUCAUCAUCAACACCUGGUGCAGCGGCAAUAUCGCGAGCGCCGUCCUGGGCGUCACGACCUGGAAAUGGGGCAUCGGCAUGUGGUGCAUCAUCUACCCCGUCUGCGCGCUGCCGCUCAUCAUCAGCCUGUCGCUUGUGGGACGCCGUGCCAAGAAGCAGGGCCGUCUGGUCAACUACCGGUCGUCGUUUGAGCGUCUCGGCCUCAAGAACCUCGUCAUCGAGCUGUUCUGGCUGCUGGACGUCAUUGGCAUCAUCCUCCUCAUUGCCGUCUUCGCCCUCAUCCUGGUGCCCUUUACGCUGGCUGGCGGAGUCCACAGCGAAUGGCGCACCGCACACAUUAUUGCACCGCUCGUCAUUGGCUUCUGCUGCAUCCCCUUCUUUGUCUACUGGGAACUCAAGGCGCCGCACCCGCUGGUUCCCUUUGCCCUUAUGAAGGACCGCUCUGUGUGGGCGCCCAUGGGCAUCGCCGUCUGCCUCAACUUUGCGUGGACAAUGCAGGGCGACUUUCUCUACACCGUGCUGGUUGUUGCCUUUAACUUUUCAAUCACCACUGCGACCCGUGUGACGUCGCUGUACUCGUUUGUCAGCGUCAUCAUUGGAGCCCUCCUUGGCAUAGUGGUGUACAAAGUCCGCCGCCUUAAAAUCUUCGUCAUCAUGGGAACUUGUCUGUUCAUGGUGGCUUUUGGACUGCUUAUCCAUUACCGUGGAGCUGUUUCGGGCUCUAGCCGAGCAGGUGUCAUUGGCGCUCAGGUCGUUUUGGGAGUUGCCGGCGGUCUCUUCCCGUAUACCGCUCAGGCGUCUAUUCAGGUUGGCCUGAAGCAUGAAAACUUGGCCGUCAUCACGGGUCUCUACUUGGCCCUUUACAACAUCGGAUCUGCCCUGGGAAACACCGUGUCCGGAGCCUUGUGGACUCAGCUGCUCCCCAAGACUCUGGAGAACCGGCUGGCAAACAUCAACUCCACGCUGGCAGUUGAAGUCUAUGGCAACCCUCUCGUAGCUGUCAUUCCCUACCCUCCAGGUACGCCUGAGAGAGACGCCAUUAUCGACGCCUACCAGCAUAUCCAACGCCUUCUCACAAUCACCGGCAUCUGCAUCUGCAUUCCUCUCAUUGCCUUUUCUUUACUAAUUCGCAACCCUCGUCUGACAAGCGAGCAGACCUUGGCCUCCGACUCUGACGUCGAAGAGACCCAGCAGCGCUCGGAGAAAUAA